CUGCCCUCCAUUGUUUUUUCCUCUGGUUCGAUCGACUGCUCGGUACAGAAGUGCCCGAUCCAAAUCACAGGCACCCACUGAGAGUGCACUAGAGGGAGAGAGAGAGGGAGCAGCGCAGCCGCAUGGCGACGCUGCCACAGCGGUUCAAGCUGCUGGCGACGCGGUGCGCGGCGGGGGCGCCCAGCCCCUCGCGCAGCCCCGCGCCGUCCUACGCCACCAGCCCCGGGUACCGCCUCCGGCGCCGCCGCGGGUCGCGCCUGCGCCGCUUCCUCUGCCGCCGCGUCGGCGGCGGGCUGCCGGAGCCCGCGGGGCGCCGGGAGGAGGACAAGAAGCCGCUGGUGGGCCGCGGGAGCCGCACGCUGAGGGAUCUGUUCGUCGCGUCGCCGGAGGCGGGGCGCACCCGGCGCGGAUGCGGCUGCGACGCCGACAGCGACGACGACGACGACGAGGAGGCGGGGCGCGCCGGCUCCGGCGGCGCGUUGGGGGCGGCCAGCGGAGGGGGCGGGAGGAGGUUCCGGGCCGCCGGCGGGGGCCUCCGGAGCCUCCUGAUGCGGCGGAGCUGGCGGCCGGUGCUGGUGGCGAUCCCGGAGAGCGAGGGCAAGAUCGAGCUCGGCGCCAUCGAGGAGUAGAUCAGCGACAUGACAAGAAUUGCAUUACCCCGGCCGCCGGCCGCCACGGAUCGGAGCCGGGAAUCUCGCGUCGCUUUCCGCCGUCCGUCCUCUUUUCCUUUCUUGAUGAUUGUUUGUCUCUUUUCCCCACCUUUCGUAGGCGUCUGUCCGUCCCUGUGAAUACGGAAAUAGUACCAGAUUACUGCCACACUGUUAUCCCAAACCGUGAGUGCACAGGCAAAGUUGACAAAUUUGACCUCAAAGCGAAAGCAUUUCACAAACUAAACUUCUUUUGAAAAUAUUUCACACUGCUGAUCCUUUUGUGUAGCGCCCGACAGCAAGGCGCUGCACUCUACUGUGCAACUCCUUACAGCUAGGCGCUGCACAGUGUAGUGCAACUCCUUAGAGUUAGGCGCUGCACAGUGUGGCGCCUAAGUGUUAGGCGUUGCACAGUAGAGUGCAGUGCCUUGCUGUCAGACACUGCACAUUAAAGAUCAAUCGGGUGAAAUACUUUUAAAAAUAGUUUAGUUUGUGAAAUAGUUUCGAUCUAAGGUCAAAUUUGUGCCUUUUGCCGAGUGCACAAGAACAAAGGCGGUGUGUGCCCGGUGAUCUUGUCAGUAAUAGGAGCACUGCAGUUCGUUAGACAAAGCCAGGUGCAGCAAUGCAUGAUGACUGAUGGGUACUCCAGAGUAGAGUAGUAGCUCCGGUGAUCUUGUCA